CUAAUCUCAGGACAUCCUAUCAGGAUUUUUGGCAAUUAUCUUGUUUUUAUUGUCCCUUUCCUUUCUAAUAAUCUCCUUUAUAAAGAGAGAAUAUAAUACAGCAUCUUUUACAUAUAUACGUAUGUUUUUGCUCUACAGUGCUUUCUUGCCCUUCUUAGUUCUUAUAAUAAUAGUAAUACUAAACAACUGAAUCAAAUUCAGACAAGUUGAAGCUUUCUUCCAUGGGUGAUGAAAUUAUGGAACUUGUGUGUGAAAAUGGUCAGAUUUUGAUGCGUGGACGGUCUACAACUUCCUCGUCUUUUACUUACUCUUUUGAUCAGUACUCUCCUCAGGCUGUUGGAGACAACCAAGUCCGGAAGAAACCCAAGUUGGAUGAGAAGCAUGAGAACAAUCCUGCGGAUUAUUUUUUUCAUGGUCUAUUUGGAAAUAAUAUUAACGAUAAGCAUAUUAUGGAAUCCCAAAUAGUCCCUGAAUAUAGAGAAGAAAAUUCAAAUACUCUAUCUCCUCAGUUACACAAUCAAUCUUCAUAUCAGCAGUAUGAAGCUUCAGUUCCAAUCAGGAGAUCAAUGAAGAAUGGGAGCCAAAGUGUAUGUUCAAGAGUAGUUAAGGAUUGGAAAAGAAAUGAAAAGCUUCCUGCACAAGAUGAAGCUAAAGAAAUGCAACAAAUACGACAAAUGGUUAAUCCUAUAGAACAAACACCUCCAGAUGAGCAAUCAGAAGCUUUUCUUCAUAUAAAUAUAGUCCAAGAAAAAGCUGCUUCCGCUUCAGUAUGCUCACUCGGAGCAUCAAAUGAUCUAAGUUAUUCUUCUUUGAAAACAAUUACUGAAGACAUGGGGAGGAUGACAUCUGAAAAUGAACAUGCUGAGGACCAGCAAGUGCCAAAACCAGCAUCUGCUCGUGCUGGUGCCAAGAGAAGGCCAACUCCAAGGGUUCAUAGUCUGUCUGAAAGGAAAAGAAGACACAAGAUCAACAAGAAGAUGCGCGAAUUACAAGCUCUCCUACCUAAUUCCGAUAAGGUGGAUAAAGCUUCAGUGCUUGAUAAUGCAAUCGAGUAUCUAAAGACCCUUCAGCUUCAAGUACAGAUAAUGUCAAUGGGAAGUAGGUUUUGGAUGCCACAGAUGAUGUUACCAAAUGCAAUGCAACAGAUACAUAAUUUGGCUCAUUUCUCUCCAAUGGGCAUAAGGAUGGGUAUGGGAGUUGGGUCUUUUCAGAAUCCAGCAGUACUUGGAUUUCCGGCUCGGAUACUACCUAUGCAAAUGUCAGUUCCACAGCCACCAUUUCUUCCUUUUGUUGGUGGAGGAGGGUCUUCGAUGCUGCACCCAUCAGUUCCUGUAACGGCUAAUUCUGGUAUCGCCACGCCUAUGGGACAAAUUAGGGGUAAUUCUGCUCCUUUAUUCAGUUUGAACUUGAAGGAAAACAGUUCGAAUAAGACUCAGUCAUCAGUUGAGCUUUGUUGACGCAAUAGAACUCUCUCCCAUGAACAUAAAAUGAAGGAGGAGAAGAAGCAGAGGAAAAUCAACUUUGGUUAGAUGAUACAGACAUGUCAGUAUAAUGAUUUGUGCUAGCUAGAAACUUAGAAUAGUCAAUGUGAUGUUCCCUUCCAAUGUUAUUGAUCAAAGGGAAGGAGACAAAACCGAGUUGAACCUUAAUUAUAUAUAACUCUUGCAACGCAAACUUAACUGACAAUAUUUACAACUGUUUUUCUUUUUGGGUUACAUUAA